AUGGACCACGCCCUUUUAAUCCUUUUCUCGCGCUUCCAGCCUCGCGGAAGCAACAACGCCAACAGCGAGAACAACAACGCCAACAGCGAGAACAGCAGCACCAACAGCGAAAGCAGCAACGGCACUGCCACUACUGCUACUACCAGCACCACAACAGACAACAGCAUGACCAGGCCACCACCUAUCUACAUCUCCGGGCUAUUCUACCCCAACGACGCCUACGCAUUCUACGAUAACCUCAGCACCGAGACCCUCCCGAAAUACAGCAGAGAGGGCGAGGACCUCGAGAUGGCCGUGCUCCCAACAUACAAACAAGCUACCAAAGGCUUUUCCCGAAACAAGCUUGGGAAACUACGCCGCCACUGUCGAAAGGAGCGCGUCCUUGCUCUCUUCGUGGUUUUCAUGUGUCUCAUCCUUGCUGCUGCGAUUUGGGCUACUACGAAGAAAGAAUGA